CUUGUACCGUAGUACUACUUCUUAAUCUUGUGAUAGAAAUCAUCAUGUCGACGUCCCAGCAGCACUCCUCGUCCUGCACUACGUGCGACAACAUUGAUAGUUUGUGAACAUUCUCAUUCUUUCAUGACAUUGACAUGUGCGGAACACCAGGACAACAUCAACAUUGGAUUGCUUCUAGUAGCAGCUCUUUCUUUCAUGAAAAAAAUGAUGGCCGAGCCGCUGUUGGAGGAGAACGCGUCGACGCUUUUGUCGAUUCGAUCAGCACCUGCACGACCGGAGAGAACGAUCUCUGGUGACAGCAUAUCGAGAAGCAGACUCGCUCUUGGUCUAGGAGGUGGCGAAGGUGGCGAUGAUGAAGGUGCUGACAUUAUUCGGAAGCUACGGCAACGUGCUGGUGGCUUUCGAGCAGCACCAGGUGCUGGAGGUACAAGGUGGAGUGCACAGAAUCGUAUUAGCGCGGCUCGUAGAGACGCACGGUCUACUAGUAGACAGGCAAUGUCUCUGGGUCCUCCUGCGACAGGAGCAGCGCGAACAGGCUUGCAGAGUUUGGAUUUCGGUGCUGAUGUGGGAGCUUCGUCGAGCUCGAGUGCUGAUGUGCGAGUUGAUGGUGAAGCACCAGCAACGAAUUUGGAUUCUCAAAGUAUACAGCAACAGCAGAAACAAACAAAACCAUCGGGAGGACCGCACCCGUCGUCGUCCAACAAUGUAAACGUCUAUGCAACGACCAGCCAAGCCCCUCAGACAGGACAGAGGACACAACGACUGUCAACUUCAUCUUCUUCUACGACUACAUCUCAAACAGGAGGUUUAGAGCAUGGCAUCAAUGUGCUCCCACCACGACAGCCAUCUAUGCUCGACCGUCUCUAUGGUGUAAGUCCCUUCUGGAUGUACGACUAUUUCGCAGGAGAAGUACUACAGCCUGGGUCAGUACUGGCCGACGAAAUUUUGAGACAGCAUUCUGCAGCAGAGGUUGCGAGGACGAGUGCACUUGAACUUGGUGUUGGAACAAAACAGCGUGGACCGAGUGAAGAUGAAGGCCCUUCGACUUCGUCUCGUCGGAGUAGUUGUAAAGCCCUUACGCCAGGACGAGCAGUUUCUCAACAACUACCACGGCCAGAGGGAUCUGCUUCACCAGGAGGGACUCCAGAUGCAAUCCUAGAAGGACCAUUUUUAGAGACUUCUGCUGAUGAAGAAGAACAAGCACUUCUCGAAUCCUCCACUUCUGCAAUUAUCCCGCACCGAAUCGGCUACACGAAAGCAGUUAUCUGUGUCCUCAAAGCGAACAUCGGACCAGGCGUGCUCUACUUGCCCAAAGCCUGCAGUCGUGCCGGCUGUGCCAUGUUUCUCCUACAAGUUUCCCUUUUCGGUUUCGUAGCGACGUAUUGUAUACUGCAGUUGACGAAAGUGCGAGAAAGAUACUGUCAAAGUCAAAACUGCUUACUUUCCUAUGGGGCUCUGUGCGAGAGGAUUUCUGGGAGUAAGCUGGGCUUGUGGUUAGUCAACCUGUCGAUCUGCCUGUGCCAAUUUGGCCUUUGCGUUACGUAUUACAUUUAUGAACGUGUAAAACGAGAACGUGGACGUGGAGAAAAACUUACUAGAUGAAAAGAACUAGAUGUAAGGACCUACAUUGCCACGACUACAAAUAGGCAGGUGCGACGAGCACUUCCCGUCAGCAUUCAACUGUGACUCCUGUCAUCACCACCAGUGCUGGGAAUACGCGUGCAAACACUCCCCUACCUUCUUCUAACUUCUCGUGACCAGCAACCUUCUCCGACAAGCGCUCUUUCCGUCAUGGACCGUCCUUGAGCUGUUUUUCCUGGUUUUCUUGGUCGUCACUCCGCUUACCUGGAUCCGCUCAGUGCAGAAGCUCGCUUUCACAAACCUCUUAGCUGAUGCCUGCAUUUUUGUGGGUCUCUCAGUCAUGUUCGUGUUGCAGGGAGAGCGCUUAGGCCACGACCAUGAUCAUGUCGCUUCUGGUGGCACCGUCUCUGACCUUGAUGUGCUGACCGAGAGGAAAGACACUAGCAGCCACUUCGACGACAUCUUCAUGUUGUUCACGAAUAGCCUCUCACCAAGUACGGCUACUAGCGCUCCGACGGAGACGACAUCCCCUUCCUCCACCGAAAGUAUUCUCGACUACGCCGCGAAUGCUCUAGUCUGCCUGGGAACAGUCUGCUUUGCCUUUGAAGGCAUCUGUUGUGUCAUCCCUACGUUUGACGCAAUGAAAGAACCAAGCGAAUUUCCGAGUGUCGUGAAAUUGGCUUUGUUUGUAUGACACGUUGGAAGGCGUAAUCUCUUUGCUGCAAGUAAGUAAAACCUCUACACGUACACAUUCAUUUACCAUGAUGCACAUUUACCAUGACCAUGUGCUAUGGCACAGGGAGGCUUCUACUUCAAGAACAUGUGGCCCUUGUAAAGUCCGACCAUGCUAACAUUCGUGACAUCAGCACUUUUUGGAUUCGCAGGCAUCCUAGGAUAUCUGGUGUUCGGUGACCAGACGGCAGACAUCGUCCUCCUGAAUUUUACUGACAGUAGCGAAGCCAUUCCGGUGAAGCUGGUGCAAACUUAUGAAGCUGCAGGAGGAGCAACUCUUACUCUGGUUAUUCUUUGUCGCACAUCUUCUUGUUACGCUGUAGUUGCCACGAGAGAUGGAGAACCAUUAUAAAUAUUAUCUUUUCCCCUCUUGCUUCACGUUCUUCACUGUUUUCAGUCACAUUACUAACUUCCACCAUCGAUCUUCCUGUCUCACACUUACUCUAACUCCUCCUUUACGCGAUAGCGAUCUUGCUGACUUACCCGUUUCAAAUGCUGCCAGCAACGAAAGUCAUAGAAGGCUACUUUUUUGGCGAGCAAUAUGUCUCAAAUCCUCCGUUUUACCGAAAAGCCCUGAAAAGCCUGUCAAGGAGUUGUCUGUGCUUUGUGUUUUUGUUAAGGCUGAGAGUAGUUCUUCGUUUUUCACGAUCAUGUUUCUUCGCUAGACAAUAAGAAGGUGAAGAUCUACUUCUAGCUGCACGCAAGAAGAACUACAACAUCUACAACAAGAAACAACUCCAACUACAAGUCCUCCUCCUCCUCUAAUCUCAGCAAUCGCGUAUGUCUUUUUCAACUCUUUUGAGAACUUGGUGAGUCUCAUCGGGUCUUUCUGCGGCGUCCCUCUGGCUUUCUUGUAUCCUAUAUUGUGCAGCUGGUGGGGACGAGGAAGUCUGUCGUCUAGGAAGAUAAGCGAGGAUCGUGGUGAAACUGGAAUAGCUGUUGACGACCGUGAUCAACAUAUGAGUCACAUUCAUCAAAAAAUUCAAAUUGCAAGUCCCUCUCCUUUACCUCCUUCAGGAGCCGACUUGCAAACCGAUUCAAAUGAACUACAAAAUCAAAGAACUACGAGUCCACCUAAUGAAAAUCAAAAGCAUCCGAUCACACCGCCUGAGGCAGCAGCACUCAUUAUCGGUGUCUUUACCUUCAUCGCUGUGUCUGUGGUCAACAUUGCGCAGUUGGUUGAAGGGAAAUGAAAAUUUCUUGAGUGCGCCUUUUCAUCAAGAUUCUUAAUUUUGCGCAUAUGACAAUGACACGACAAAGUAAAAAUAUUCAUCUUGGUGGGUGAAGAAUUUUUAUCAACAACGUGAAUCUCUGCUCAAUAAGCUGUUGGGAAAGAUGGAG